GACGCGCCUUCCCUAGCAAGGGGCUCAGGGCAGGUUUACAACCUAGGGAGCUCUAAGGAAUUGCUCAUGCUAUUGGAUCAUUGCUUGUUGGGGUUCUAGGAGAUGACAGGGGAGGGAGACAGGUGGGAGCUAUGGUUAAAAUGGAAAAACACAUCGGUUCCCCCGUGUAUCCCUCGCUCUGAGUUAGGCUUGGCUGGCUUGGCUGAACGUUGUUGGAUGAUGAUUUGAAUGUACCAAGGAAAAAGAAGUACGCAGUCCCACCCUCCCUUCCCUACCUUAUGUCCUAAUGUUUGGGGUGGAAAGGGAUGCCUUUGGAGUUAGGACAGGGGUGACAACUCUUAAAACAGCUCCAAGUGUAAAUCUGUGACCAGCAUCCUUGCACAGACUGCUGCUCAGGCAUCCCAACCCUCUUGACCGGAACAGGUCCUCAAGCCUCCAUUCGUGACCUACUUAUUCCAGACAGUAUUUGAUUAGGAAUUCAUUAUAAUAGCAAUGAACUCGUGGGAAUUCAGCUAGAUGAUCUGAGCCAUUUGAGAAAUGGCUACCUUUUAGCAUCUGGAUGGAGUUUGUGCCCUGGUGUCUGGUUGGAUCGUUGCUGCUUUGGGGAGAGGAUUGAACUGAUUGCCCUUGCUGCUUUCAGCAGGAAUCCCUUCUGUUUGGUUUCCACUGGAGGUCGUUGUCAUCCAUACUUCCUUGGAGUUUGGUACUUUGAGCCUUCUCUCGAUGAUGGGCAGGUCAGAGAAUGGUGAAGACACAUGCAUCUGUUCCGUGUAAAAGCUGAAGUAUGAAGCCAGAGCCAGGCAGGAUCAGGCCUUAGGUGGGUAGAUGAAGAUAGUCAGGAGGAUGGGAUGGGAUGGUUGGAGAGUUGUCUUUGAAAGGCUACUGUGUGCACCAGUGUUCUGGAUCAGAUAGGCUUGACUAGGUGCUGAGAUUUUCUGUGUUCAGUACAGGAAAUAGGCUCCUCCAGGGAGAAUUUACUGAUCCUUCUGUGCAAUCUGCUUCCUCUUCCGCUGACUCCUGGAUGAAGUAAAUCCCCCAGAAGAGUGAUCCUUCCGUCUGCUAAGGCUUGGCCUGAAAGAACCCUCUUGUCAUCCAGCCUUCACUGACUGUCCCUGAGGCUGGUGCCUUGUGGGUCACUUUGACUCCACAUUUCAGGAGAGCGGAACCAGUGGGACGAUGCUCCAAGUGGCAGACAGAGUCUUGGAGGCGGCAUGGGGGUGGGAGAUAUGACUGUGAAAUCAAAGGCUACGCCAUGCUGGUGGGAGGAUUUGCAGGUGUUCCCAAAUCAGUGACAGAGAAAAGGGAAUGUCAUUAAUGACUUCUUAUAUUUGGAGGGGGGAAAACGUUCUUUGUCAAAUGAAAGAAUCCAUCUCUGGCUAAUGACAGCAUGGCAUUCUGAGACUCUCCUCCUCAGUGUGGGGGUUGACAGCAACGCAAAGCCUGUGCAUCUCAGCCCCGGCCCAUCCCAAGGCUCAGCAUUUCCCCAAGUUUCCCACUGAAUGUGGAUCCAUUCUCCGAAUGAUUCUCUUUCAGCAUAUCAAUUCCCAAGUAAUUAUUAUUUACCCAAGAGUAGGUCUGAUGCAUAUUCAUGCUGUCUUAUUAGCAAAGGGCAUCUGAAUUUGAAGUCUCAGCUGAGUGCUAGAGAGAAAUCAGUUGCAAGUGUCAUAUCUACAAGCGGCGUUGUGGCAGUGGAAGGAAGCACUCAGCCUACACUCAGUCAGACACACAACUUGUCACAGGUCAGCCUCCAUCAGGGCCAAACCUAAGAGUGGGUUUCUGGCAUAGCAAGUAUCUGUCUUAACAAAACCUCCCUGCCCUGCCCUAUUCUAAUUGCCUCUCCCCUAGAAGGCGUUGGAUCUAAGGAAAGGGAACCGUGUAGUGUUCCAGAUCCCUUUCGUGAGCCUCUCUCUACGUUGUAGGCGAUUCGCCAGGUUGGCCAGUCCAAGCCUCUCAUUUGCUCAGAAUCUAUUGGGUGUAGCUGGCAAGUGAGCGGCUGGACCCUCGGCUCAAGCAGGAAUACGACAAAAGGCUGCCGUAGGUGACGACUUUGAGCGGUAGACCUUUGAACUUUCCGUCGAACUUGACGUAAGGUCAUCUGAUGGCUUCUUGAGCAUAGUCCUCUACCCUGUCCCUGCCAUUGUCCUUAAGUCACUCUCUGGCCACCUGCCUUCCAUCUUCAUCUUAUAUCUACUGCCAGGGACACAGGAGGGUACAACUGUACUCUCAGCUGGCCCUUGUCCCCCGUCUUGCAGGUGGGUUCAGUCUUAAACCAGCCUCUGUAGCGCCGUUCCUCCGUUCCUCUGUAGGAUUUGAUCAAAGGACUUUCUGUCAUUGUCCCCAUCUUUGGGUCUAAGCAGUUAUGUAUGGCAUGCAAGCAGGCUGAUGACAGGGCACCCUGGCAUCUACCAUGGGCCUGCAACGGACCAGCUGCAAUACCCCUGGUUCUUCCGCAGGACCGAUUAGUUCCCUAGGGGGAUGUCAACUUUCUCUUGUUCUUUCAGCCAGCUGCUGGCAUGCAGCAAGGUGUCUCAUUGAAUCACUCUAGUGGUCCCCAGAACUCAGCAGUUGUAACAGUCAUCUCAGGGUUUGGGGUGAGAACGUUUCCCUUUCUCUGAGCUCCCAAACCCUCCUGUAUUCCUUCUUAGUCUAAAAUCUAAGGGUAAAGCCCCAAUUUCUUGCAAAUAAUGUGUGCUCUUAAAGCCGCUUACUGCAUUCUUUAUGGCCCCCACUGCCGUGGCUCUCACGCACCCAGCUGAUGUGGCUGUUUGCCUUCGGGACCAUAGUUCGUUCUUUUUGAUGUUGUCGUGACUUUUUCUAAGAUCUCAAGCCCUCUUCCAGCCUCACCUCAAUUCCUUCAGUGCUGAUCUUGAUCAGGCCUUCUUUGGCCUUAAACACGUAUGAGCAAAGAUGGUAUUAACCAACUCCAAAGGGUUUCCAGGUCAUUCUGCAGUGCGUAAAUAGCGAAUUACCCUAGUCCCUCGGAGACUCUCCCAGCCCAGCAUGAGGCUCGCCUGGCUGCAUUAGCUUCCGCUUUUACCUGGACCAGAAGUUCAAGGGUGUGGAUGAAAAACAGAGCCACACCUUGAAUCGUACCUGGGAUGUAGUUGUUGCCUGCAUAGCUGCAUGCUGGGCCUGCCUGGCUCCAGGACUGUGGCUGAUUGACAACAGUUAAGUGGGCCAGACAUGUUUACAGUUUGCCAAGCCCUAGCCUAGCUCUUCGGAAAAUGGUAGUGAAGCUCAUUGUUGCUAUUUAAAGACCUCCUCUGCCUGUUGCCACUUCCGCUUAUUUAGGAACAAGUAAUUUGUUAUUUAUGCUUUGUGAUAUUGUGUGUUGUGGUUAGAGAAACAGCGCUGAAAACUGCACCCCCAGCCUGGCCUGCCACGUAGCAUUCGUUCUUGUGGCUUCUCCCAGUCCCCAGUCUUGCCCAAGUCCCUGGCCUAAUGCAUGCUGAGACAGCGCUGCCUGCCUCUGCUUUAUCUGGUAUAGGGAAGUGGGGGGGGGGGAUUGCUCUGGUUAUCCCUGCUGCCAUUUCCAUGUGCCUGCCACUCCCUGACUUCAGCCUGGCCCUGCCCCCACUUCUGAUGGAGGAGCUGGAGUCCAGGUUCACUUGCUGAAGGAUCAGUUGGCUGCUGAGGCUGCGGCACGGCUGGAGGCCCAGGCGCGAGUGCACCAGCUCCUGCUGCAGAACAAAGACAUGCUCCAGCAUAUCUCUCUGCUGGUCAAGCAAGUGCAGGAGCUGGAGCUGAAGCUGUCAGGACAGAAUGCCAUGGGCUCCCAGGACAGCUUGCUGGAGAUCACCUUCCGCUCAGGUGCCCUGCCUGUGCUCUGUGAACCCACCACCCCUAAGCCAGAAGACCUACACUCGCCGCUGCUCGGUGCUGGCUUGGCUGACUUUGCCCACCCAGCGGGCAGUCCCUUAGUUGACCACAGCAUGUUUGAGAAUCUGAACACAGCCCUCACUCCAAAGCUCCAGUCCAGCCGUUCCUUCCCGCACCUGUCCAGAACUAUGGCCCCAAACUCCAUCACCCCUGGCUCUGCAGAACCAGGAGGACCAGGACUGAGGGUGGGCAGCAGUCAACACCUUAAGAACCUGGGCAAAGCCAUGGGGGCCAAGGUCAAUGACCUCCUGCGAAGAAAGGAGCCCUCAAGCCUGGGCAGUGUGGGUGUGACGGAGAUUAACAAGACCGCUGGGGCCCAGCUGGCUGGUGGGGAAGAUGUGGCCUGUGGAGCCUGGCUAGAGGAUGAAAGGUCUGUCCAAGAAGCCUUCCCUCUGCUAGAACCUCCACCUCCCAUAACCCGGAAGCGAACCCCUCGGGCUCUGAAGACCACCCAGGACAUGCUGAUCUCAUCACAGCCUGUCCUAAGCAGUCUCGAAUACGGGACGGAAUUGUCACCUGAGCAGGCCCAGGACUCUCCCCCCACUGCCCCGCCUGUCUCUGCAGAUACCUCUCGGCCAGAGUCUAUCAGUGAAGUGGGAGACAGGGAAGAGGCUCUGCCCAAUGGGGAGGUGUCCCUGUUGGUGCCUGACCUAAUACACAAGAGCAACCAGGAGGAACCCAAGCUGAAAGCUAAUGAGUGCAGAAAAACCUCCUCCCUGGCUCCCAUUGAGAGGAAUGGCCUCAAACUCAGCUUGAGCCCCAUCAGCCUGGCUGAGUCCUUGGAGAACAACAGCCCACCUCCACAGGCACGGACCUGCAGCCUUGACAAGGAGGGGCUUCACCCAGACCUGCUGUCCUUCGAGUAGUGCGUCUUGUCUUCCCUGCUGAGCACGUUCUUCACUGUGUCCUCCACUGCACACAGGUCCUUUGUCCCAGCUCUGCCACGCCCUCAUCUUCCUUGUGGAAGGCAGAGCAGAGCCCCCCUUUUCUACCUAAGGGAUUUGCGGGACCAGAUGGCCAGAAGUAGUCCCAGUUAAGGAGUCUGCAGAAUGGCAAAGGAUCCUACUUCUCUGUAAGAUCUUCUGGCUGUUGCUGGGACUCAUCAUCCACUCUCAGGCUUGUCCCAGCUUCCUACAGAAUUAUGGGGCCACCAGCCUAGGAGGAUGGGCCUGGCAGAAAUUCUCUUUGCUGUCUGAUUAGAUGCAUAUGCUCUCUGUUCUUUCAUUCCCCACCCCAAUCCCUGAUUCUGCCCCUUUCCUCCAUAAUGGUGCCAGGACUCCCUGCCUUGAUGGCAGUACUGCUAGGGAAGAUUGGUAGGUUUGGCUUGGUAAUGGGCAAGGCCUGACUGCAACCUGAUCAUAGUUCCUUCAGUCUCUAGGCCACGUGGAGCCCGAGCCACCAUCAUUCCUCUGUUUCUGGGUUAGGGCUAGAGGAUGUUCUUUCCAGGCUUGGGACCUUGAGGACUACCUCAAAGGUUGAACCUUGUCACCAGGGUCCCCAGGGUUUUCCCAUCCAGUUAGAUGUAGCCCUACCUCUCUGGAUAGACACUUAGGAAAAUGGUAUGGGCAGUUGUGCUGGGGUUCGUGUGUGUGUGUGUGUGUGUGUGUGUGUGUGUGUGUGUGUGUGUGAAGACGGGGGUAGGCAAGCCCCUGCAGAAGCAGCAAAGAGUGUUCUGAUGUUAAAAAGGAGAGCUUGGGAACAUGGACUGGGCCUAUAAGAGCCAAGAGCAGAGAUCACAGAGAAGAGUGAAGUCAGGACUGAGAAGGGGAUCACUGAGAAUCAGGGUAGCUUCUCAGGCCACUCCCCACCCAGAAGGAGGCAGUGCCAGGGCCUGGGAAGAGUGUGUGGGAGCCAGGGUGGAGCAUGUGAGAGACUGGAAUGUGCUGAGGGCUGUGGAGGCAGAGCAGAUGCUGGCGAGUGUGUGUGUGUGCUGCUUUAUGCUUGUGCUGAGGUUGCCUGAAUUCCCUGCAGCCCCAGGCCUGCCCAGAGAUACCCAAGCUGCUGUCCUUCAUCCAGGUAAGGGCAAUCUUCCUCUGCUUCUGCUCGCAGGAUUUGUGUAAGGAACCAACAAGGCUUAUCGACCCUUGACCAGCCCCUGCCUUCCAGGUUAACUUGCUUUGUAUUCCUUUCUCCCUCCAGGGGCCCUAUCGUGCUGUCUUCCCGUGGCCUGGAGGCUCUGUAGUGACCCCAGCCACAAGGGUCUUUGUAGCCAGAAGAGGACAUCCCUAUUCUUGAACAAAGAGGUCAGAGCCCCACAAGAAGGCUGGAGAUGGUACAUCCAGCCAGGGCAGGCCAUGUAGCAGUUUUCUCUACUCUCUGUGGUCCUCCCCUUUUCUGCUUGCUUGGCUCACGGGUCUCACUUCCCAGUUCAGCAUCACCAAUGGGCUGCCCUCCUCCCAACCAGCAGACAUCUGAGCUAACUCCUACAGAACCAGAAGAGGAGGCCUCAGCAGGAUCCCUGGGAUGAGGUUUCUUUUCUCAUUUACUUGUUUAAGCAGCUGUAUGGCUUCAGCCAUCUCUGCCCUCUGACCCAUCCCAGCUCCCUACAAAGUCCUAUCUCUCCCUCUCAGAUGAGAACCCGUGUAGCCAGGCAUCUGAAGGCCCUGGUGGAGUAUACAGGACUGUUAGCACAUAUGUAUCACAUGUGCCUUGCUCCAAGAGCAUCCCAAAGAUGUGACAUCUGACCCUAAAGUCGGAGAAGUCCUUAGAACUAGACUUUGAGGACCUAUGAAUUUUCCCAGAAUGAUUUGUGAUUACGCAAAACAGAGAGAGUUCAGGCUGUGGGGUGGGAAGUCUAAGCAUGCACCAGAGAACAAGUCCAGUAUAACCUGAGCUCUCCAUACCAGAAUCUUGGUUUGCUCCUCUAAUGGGAAGCUCUGCCAGUGGCUGCCCAAUGGGGCUGUUCCUCCCCAAAGAUGAAGUGAUAAGGUUGCCUAAGACCGAUAACAUGAGGCUUGGCUUACCUAAGCAAUCAGGCCACUGCUGGAGUCCUGGCCCUCGGGCCCAGAUUUGCCAAGAGACCCCACCAUAUUGUCCCAAGACCCCUGUAAAGGAAACUUUACAGUACUUUAGAUGGCAUUUGAUGUUGAAUUAGGUGCCAUGGAUGUCGUCUUGGCCAUCUCCCUGCUACAGAAGUGAUGCUGCUACCUCAGAAGGUCCUUUGAGACUGAGCCUUUUCUUAAAUGCUGCAGAUAUGGCCUGGUGCUAGGGGCUAAGUGCUUCCCAGGGACCAGCAGGAACAAAUCCUCUUGAGGGCUUUGACUCACACCAGUUCUUCCAUCUAGGGCCGCGACAGGCUCACUGACCAUCUCAGCAGUCUGGACUGCAGCACGGCAGCCUUCACAGUGAAUCGAGAUCCCCUGGGGGGCUUAGUUUUUGCGUAGCUUGAUCUGCAUGGGGGUGAGGGUAGGCUAAUGGAGAGGAAUGAAGGAUAUGAAUUCUAUGUUUAAAGAAGCUGGGACCUUUGAGCCUUUUCUUCCACUUCUUUCCAGCCCCAUCGUAUACCCCUGUUCAGUCCAUAGCUUUACCGUGAUAGAGCGAUCACAAAGUAAGCUUCUAGAAGCCUGGAGAGAAGGUAUCCCCUCCCCUGUCCCAGCCCACUCUUCUCUCUAGAAAUGUAUCUGUGAAUGUUCUGUAUCUGGGAGAUAUGAAGACAUGUGUUUCGAAUCCAUCAUCUUUUACAGAGCAGGGUUGGUCCCUGUUCGGAAGAACAAGAUUAUAGUUCUAUUCUGGGUAUUUUUUAGAGAGUUCAUAUUUAUAUUUUUAGAGAUUUUUUUCUUGUAGAAGGAAAUUACAUAAUAAAAUGGUAAUGUGUUUU